CCGUAGAGGGCGGGCUGCAUCUGGAGCGGACGGACUGAGAUUGGGACUUCGGUGAGCGGGGCAGGGCAGGGCAGGGCAGGGCAAGGCAGGGCAGGGCAAGGGCCGAGUCGAGAGGGAGAGACGGCCAGGAACCAACAGCAAGAAGCAGCAGAGAAGAUGACAAGAUUUCAACACAAUUAUGGCCGAGUACAGCCACAUGCAAAACCAACUGGAUUUACAAAAUGGUAGCUUACAGGAAGGCUUUGUGGUGAAUUCUCUGGAAAACAAUCUCCAAGGCAUAAUGGAUAGCCUAAACCAGAAGAAAUACACUUCUAGUCUAAGAUUUAAAACUAAUGGAGAGUACUCUGGCUCCUACUUAACUCUUUCACAACCAAUAUCUACAAAAAGAAGUCCAUCUCCUAUGGGUUCUGGUAUCAGAAAUGCCUCCUUUGCCAAAAUUCAGGGAAGUAAGCAGUUCCUAUGUGAUGGCACUGACAAAAACAUUUCCACCAAACCUCCCGCUCCUUUUCUAGGUACUUCCCCCUCUCUUAGUGGAUAUCCCCUUGGGACAGCAGACUUUGAACACUGUGCUGGCUGGGCGGAUGAAAGGUCCUUAAAGCUUGCUAGUAAGCUUCCUUAUUCCAAAUACAACUCAAAGAAUAAGUCGCACGACAAUGUCUACUUUCUUGGGGGGUCGGACAGCCAGAAGGCACCAGGUUCCCUCUUGACCAUGUGGAAUGGAAGCGCCGGUGGCGAUGCUGGUCUCUCACCUCUCCGGAGGUCUGGAGCCACAAGCAUGCCUUCCAGCCCAAAGCAAUCCAGGAAGAUGAACAUUCAGGACAGCCUGACUCUUCAGCCCAAAAUGACAAAACACAAGGAGAUAACAGCUGAGAAUGCUGGUUUAAGAACUAGGAAAUAUUCAGGAAGCUCCCUAAGUCAAAUGGGAGCAUACAGCCGUUCACUGCCCAGGUUGUACAAAGCUGCCGAGAACCAGCCAAUGCCACUCAGCUUGCCCCCAAGAAAUUCUCUAGGUAAUUCCAAAAGAAAGAAACUUGGGGAAAAGGAUCUACCUCAAAGCAUAACAGAUGGUGACAAUUACCUUAAUUUUUCUUCUUUAAGCUCAGGGGCUUUGCCAUAUAAGAACUCCGCAUCAGACAACAAUCCAUAUGUUAGUUCGACUCUUAGCAUUCCCUCAAGCCCCCGAGUGGCUAGGAAAAUGUUGCUGACUUCCACCUCAUCCUGUGCAUCCGAUGACUUUGACAGGAUCAUGUUCUCAGGGACGAGCCCUAAUAAUUCCAUUUCUCCUGGAGAGCUCAACAGAGUAUUUGCUGGCAGGAGGGACUUUUCUCGUGGCUCCAUGGAGUUUGAUGACACUGACUUGGAUGGCCUCAGACAGACUUCCAGUACUCCACAGCCAGUCCUUAGGGAAAGGAAAAGCAGCAUUAGCUCCAUUUCAGGAAGAGAAGAUCUGAUGGAUUAUCACCGGAGGCAGAGAGAAGAAAGGCUAAGGGAACAGGAGAUGGAGCGAUUGGAGAGACAGCGCCUGGAGACGAUCCUUAGUCUUUGUGCAGAAUAUACUAAGCCUGACAGUAGCUCAGGUGCUAUGACCACUGUUGCCGAUGUGCAGAAGAUCAACAAGGAGCUUGAGAAGUUGCAGCUUUCUGAUGAGGAGUCUGUGUUUGAAGAGGCACUGUUACCUCCAGAAACAAGAUACAGGUGCCACCGGAAGGCCUCCAUUACUGAUUCAGAGUUGUCAGGAUUCAGUUGCUUCAGUCAGAAUGCUGCCAGCUUACCUUCCACGAGGAGUUUCAGAAAUGAUGAAUCCUUCAGUGACCAUGCCAAGACUCCCCCAUUAUCUUCCUCUCUCUUACUGAAGGCGUCCAAUGAGUCUGCCUAUCUAAGUAUCGUUCCAAAGACACCCGAAAGUGGAAAUGAAGAGCAGAGGAGUCAGGAGUUGGCUCACAUGGAGGAGUCCCGAAUGGUAAUACUAAACAACCUGGAGGAACUUGAACAAAAGAUUAAAGACCUCAAUGAUCAGAUGGAUGAAUCCUCUAGAGAGGUGGAUAUGGAAUGUGCCCUUCUGGAUGGUGAACAGAAAGCAGAAUCCACCGAACUCAUGAAAGAAAAGGAAAUAUUGGACCAUCUAAAUAGGAAGAUAGCAGAGCUUGAAAAGAACAUUGUUGGUGAAAAGACCAAGGAGAAGGUAAAGCUUGAUGCUGAGAGGGAAAAACUAGAGAGGCUGCAGGAAAUAUACUCCGAGCAGAAGACCCAGCUUGACAAUUGCCCUGAGUCCAUGAGGGAACAGUUACAGCAGCAACUGAAGAGGGAUGCUGACCUGUUGGAUGUAGAAAGCAAACAUUUUGAAGAUCUAGAAUUUCAGCAGCUAGAGCAUGAAAGCCGGCUAGAUGAAGAGAAAGAGAAGUUGACCCAACAGCUCUUACGUGAAGUAGCUGAAUAUCAAAGGAAUAUCGUCACUAGAAAGGAGAAAAUUUCUGCAUUAAAGAAGCAAGCCAGUCACAUUGUCCAGCAAGCUCAGAGGGAACAAGAUCAUUUUGUGAAAGAGAAAAAUAAUUUAAUGCUAAUGCUUCAAAGAGAAAAGGAGAACCUUUGCAAUUUGGAAAAGAAAUAUUCUAGCCUUUCUGGAGGAAAGAGGUUUCCAGUCAACCCUAAUAGUCUAAAAGAGGGCUUUAUCAGUGUAAAUGAAAUUAAUGAGCUAGGUGGCAAUUCCACGAAUCUAUCCCCUUCUACUCAGCUUCCCACUGAUGCUGAUGCUGAUGCUGAUCCCACUGAGCCUUCCACAGCUGUGCUGGUGAGCCAGCUACAAAAUCAAGAGCUACAAGCCUCUGUCUGUUCUGGAUCUAUAUUUCCUCACUCACUUUCUCCUCAUCCUAUUGCUCAAAUUCCAUCAGUCCAUUGGCCUGAAGUCUUGGCUGCCCCAUCUGUUGAACCUUUUCCUUUAAAUGAUACACCUCCUCCUCUUCCAGCUAAAAAACACCGAAGGCACCAACAGCACUUUAGAAAUUUGGAAGAGAGAAAGAAACAACAUAAGGAAGGCCUCUAUCUCAGUGAUACUUUACCUCGGAAGAAAACGACACCUUCGGUCUCGCCACAUUUCAGCAGUGCUACUAUGGGAAGAAGCAUCACCCCCAAGGGUCACCUGCCUCUAGGACAGAGCAACAGCUGUGGCAGUGUCCUCCCUCACUCCCUAGCAAUGAUGGCCAAAGAUACAGAAUCAAGGAGAAUGCACAAAGGGUAUAAUCACCAACAGAUGAAUGAAGGACAAAGGCAGAAAUCUUCUGAUUUUUACAACCGAACUGCAUCUGAGUCAAAUGUCUAUUUGAAUAGUUUCCAAUACCCAGAUCAUAGCUAUAAGGAUCAUGCCUUUGAUACUUUGAGCAUGGAUAGCUCUGACAGCAUGGAAACCAGCCUCUCUGCUUGCUCUCCUGACAAUAUCUCCAGUGCCAGCACAUCAAAUAUUGCCAGAAUAGAAGAAAUGGAGAGACUGCUGAAACAGGCUCAUGCUGAAAAAACACGUUUGCUUGAAUCUAGGGAACGUGAAAUGGAAGCCAAAAAACGAGCUCUAGAAGAAGAAAAACGGCGUCGAGAACUGUUAGAGAAAAGAUUACAAGAAGAAACUAGCCAACGACAAAAGCUAAUUGAAAAAGAAGUGAAAAUACGAGAGAAACAAAGAGCACAGGCUCGGCCCUUGACCCGUUAUCUGCCUGUUAGAAAGGAAGACUUUGAUCUACGGAGCCACGUAGAGACUGCUGGUCACAAUAUAGAAACCUGUUACCAUGUGUCCAUCACAGAGAAGACCUGCCGGGGAUUUCUCAUCAAAAUGGGAGGAAAAAUUAAAACCUGGAAGAAAAGGUGGUUUGUUUUUGACAGAAACAAACGAACCUUCUCCUAUUAUGCAGAUAAACAUGAAGCUAAAUUAAAAGGAGUAAUAUAUUUUCAAGCUAUUGAAGAAGUCUAUUAUGAUCACCUCAAGAAUGCAUAUAAGAGUCCUAAUCCAUUACUCACCUUUAGUGUCAAGACACAUGAUCGGAUCUAUUACAUGGUGGCUCCAUCUCCAGAAGCCAUGAGGAUCUGGAUGGAUGUUAUUGUUACUGGGGCAGAAGGCUAUACUCAUUUCAUGUUGUAAUGAAAGAAUGCAGCAGUUCAUGAGAGGGCAGAUUGCAAUAACCUUAUAUCAGAAUUAAGCCAUACUCAAUCUCAUUUGGAAAAACUCCAAGCAAGAAGGAUAGCAUUCACACACCAUACUUUACAAACACACGUUUGGAACUCCCUUUAUAUAUUAACAAAAGUGUUUGGAUUUUUUUUUACACAAGAAGACAAUGAGGCUUUCAUUUGUAGUUUGAUCAGAGCAAUAGCAAAAGGACUGAAGUUGCUGCAAGAAGGAAAACAUUUUGUUUUGGGGAUGACAGCAGCACCAGCAGCAUUUAUAAGGCAAUUUUCUUAAAAACUUUUAAACGAGUGGUCUUGGUGAAAAACUAAGCCAUUUACAAGUGUUUGUGUGUACUCUGAAACUAUUUUAGCACCUGAACCAAAAGAUAUUAUUACGUAUAUUGUUAAUUUGUAGCAUUUGACAUAUUAGUAACCAACUGGCUCUUAAAAAAUAAUUUCCUAUAGUGUAUUCAUAAAUUAAUACUACAGAAAGGGAGGGGCGGGAGGGAAAGAUGGGAGACAAGAAGAAAUUCAAGAGAGAUUAAAUCCACAGUGGUUGAAUAUUGUACCAAAGCCAAAGACUUAAUGUUGAUAUGCCUUCUACUUCACAGCAAUUCCUAUGAUGACCCACACUUUGGCCCUUUGUAAUAAGACAUAAAGAACCUCUAGCUUCUUAAUGAUACUAAAAUGCCCGAGGAUGUCUUAUGAACUGGUUUCAGAAUGUGACCUUUAGCACAAACUGGGCUGUAAAGACACUGGCUCUUUGGGGGGGGGGGGUCAAAUGGGCUAUAGCUAAAGGUUACCCCAACCCUAAUCAGUUAGAUUUCUAUGUACUCCAUAACUAAUUCUCAGAUCCAUUCAAAUCAAUCCCUAUUAGGAACUAGCGUAUUUCCCAAGCAUAUUGCUUUUUUAAAGUAUUUGACGAGACCAUCAGUUAGAGAAUUCUUAGGCAAUCUUAAAUGAAGAGAGUAUUCAAUGGAAUCAACUUUUUUUUUCUCUGAAAACUUUCCCAAAUCCCUGCACUGAAAUCACUAGUAAUUAAAAACAACUGCUUACACUUACAUAGCACUUUAUAGCUUUCCUUACAGUAACCCCAUAUAGUCCUUAAUACAAUGAUUAUACCCAUUUUACAAAGGAAGAGCCUGAGACAAAGAGGUUUUCACUUACUUAGGGUCAUGGGGCUAGGAAGCUGAAGAGCCAGAAUUUGUUGUAGAUCUUCUUUCUGUCUCCAAAUCCAGCAUUAUUUCCACUGUUUACAGCUAAAGCCCUCUCAGGCAACCCAAAGCAUUUUUUUCCUUUUCCUUAUGUGCUUCUGCUUUAUUCUGGAACCCACCGCUCAACUGCAGCCUUCCCUAACCAAUGUACAAAGUCAGUUUGUGGAGGUUUUAAUCCCAGAACUAGACUACGUUCCAACGUGAUCGUUAGCUGGAGGCAUAGGUGUCUGUCGAAAAAAGGCGAAUGAAGUUCAACUCCAAAAGGAUUUGAGGAGGGAAAUCUUUCUUUUCAAUUAGCCAUUGCAUUUUUUUAUGGUGUUACAGUCCAUUUUUGUUGAAUAAAACUUUGACUUCAGGCAAGUCAUUGAUGAUAUUUUCCAAAUGUCUGUCCGUCCUGAUAGUCUGGGUGUAUUUGUGCAUUUGUAUGUAUGUUUAUGCAUUCUGUUAUUUAGUGGAACUGUGGUAAAUGUAGGACUAGAAAAUGAUGACUUUACCUACAAGUACAAUAUGGAAUUAGUAUAAUUAAAGUUUUUCUUCUCAAAA